AAGAAAAAAUUUAUUAAGAAUUCGAGUGCAGUAAUGUAUUUAAACAUUUACUGUUAAGAUGUGUGGAGCUUUUCGACUGCUAUUGCUUUUAAUGUGUGUGCUCUUUGGCCAAGCGAAAAAUCAAUCAGAUCACGCAAAGUUGAAAAGGCUGACCUCGGAUCUGGUAAAUGCCAUUGCAGAAGCUAAUUCUGGAAAAAAGUACGGAACCGAAUGGGUAUCGGGCCUGGGACAGGCUCUCGAGGAGGUGCAGAGGACAUCAUCUCAGCGCUGCUUUAUGCUGGGUAUCCUAAUAAAGAAAGUGACAAAGCUAUGUCCAGCGCCGCCCUCAUAUUUACCCGACUGCUAUCCGAGUUGCUACUCUCCAUCAAAACCACCACCUCCGCCUCCGCCUCCACCUCCAGCGACUCCACCUCCUCCCACCGGUUCCGGAAUUAUCGCCCCGCCCCAUCCUUCGUACGAUCUCCAAUAUCCCGAUGGGUCCUAUUUUCCCUGGUGCUACAUGCCCUUCUGUCCCACCAUUUGCACCGCACCCUUCUGCUAUCCUUGUGUAGCUCCCCACUGCGAUCCUUCGUGUGUCCCACCGAGUUGCUACCCACCCUGCAACCCUCCCCACUGCGAACAUGCACCCACCUGUUGGCAUCCCUACUGCCCAAAAGACUGCAAAGCUCCCAAGUGCGUUCCUGGCAACGAGGUAGCGACGCAAAGCUGCGUUCCACCAUACUGCCCGCCACCCAUCAACUGUCAGAAGCCGUACUGCCCGAGAAUCUACAGGCCUGUGGCCAGAACUUUGAUGGGCCAUUGUCCAAUGCACGAUAUUGCCAACAGAGCCUUUGUGUAUGGUUAGUCACCUAGCGAUUUAAAUUAUUAUAACGAAAUAAUAAACCAAACUUUGAACGGA